UGGAUGCACUUGGCGUGGGUUUUAUUUUUGUGUAGGUACCUACUUACCUUUAAGUAAAUGGCGUGGGUUGGUGGAUUUUAUAGCAAAUAAAUGUUUUAAGUGUAAAUUUGUCUACAUAUUAUAUAUUGGCUCUAUCAAACAAUGUAAGUAAAUCUUCCAAAUCAUAAAUUAUUAGACUUCGAUUUUGUCUUUGUUAUUGAUUGAUGUCAUUUGUCCGGGUUGGCCUCACGUGAGUCACCAUGACACAACAGUACAGUUUGCGGUGGAAUAACCAUCAACCUAACUUUAUUUCGAUGUUUACAACACUUCUGAAUACAAAAACAUUAGUAGAUGUUACCUUGGCAGCAGAAGGCCAACACUUACAGGCUCAUAAAGUGGUUCUUUCAGCAUGCAGUACUUAUUUUCAGACACUGUUUGUAGAUAACCCAUCUCGACAUCCUAUUGUCAUUCUAAAAGAUGUUACUUUUUCUAAUCUUCGUACAAUGGUAGAUUUCAUGUACUAUGGUGAAGUUAAUGUGACUGAAGAACAGUUACCCCAGCUUCUUGACACUGCAAAAGUACUAAAAAUCAAAGGUUUGACAGAAAUGCCAGACUCUACAUCUCUUACAAGGCAGAACAUGUCAUCUGAAUUUCAGUCAUCUGGUGAAGUUGAGUCACUCAGACCCUCAGCAUCACCUUCAUCAUCACCCUGCAAUAAAAAACGACGUCGCAGAAAAAGUUCUACAGGGUCGAUGGGAGUAGGGAGCCUAGUGCUGGAUGACACUAAGCAUGAAGAUUUUGGGCAGAAUUCACAAGAUAUUGUGCGUGCAGAAACCAUCACAUUGAGUAGUCUUCCGCAACAGAGACGUAUGCGGGAAUAUGAUGAAAGAUUAGAGGUUAUGGAAUCUGCUGAUGAACCACAUAACAUGAAUGUUGAACCUAUGACCAUUGAUGAUGCAGUUGGCAUUGCCCCAGGGGGACAGUGGAGCAUGAUUGAACAUCCUUAUCCACGAUACUCAAACGCCUGUAUUGGAGGUGGAACGAUACAACCUGACCCGGGAAUGUACAUGAAUAAUGUAAUGAACACUCACACGGAUCACGAUAUAUCCGAUUAUGGCCAGAAUUUGGGAGUAGCCGGUCCGUCUCCCGGCCCCAGUUGUGCCACCGAAGCCCCAACCGCUCACGAAAUGUCAAAUUUGACGCAACAGAAGAGGCGGCGCACGACCAACCCACAAGCGGCUGAGAACUUUCAGCGCGCCUUGGAGGCAGUGCGGUUUGGUGGCAUAGGAUUCUGUAAAGCUGCGCGUUUAUUUGGUGUGAACAACAGGACACUGUGGCUAGAGUACAAAAAGAAGGGAUAUCCGAAUAACAGGCCGAGUAUCAAGAGCAGGAUAAAGAGAGAACAUUCAACGCCGCCAUUACAAACGAAAGAAGAAAUCCCCCAACAGGAUCAACAAAUGGCUUUGUUAUGUCCGCCGCACCCGGUGCCCGUGGGCUUUAUUGACCCACGGCCGCUCGACUUCCAGGUGCAAGUAAACAACCAGAACCUAAACGUCAAUUAUAUGCAAUAGAACGCGGUCGGCGGGAUGUCGGCUCUCGAAUAUUCGUGACCAUGGCAAGAUGGCGUCCUGCCUUGCAUCCCGCUAGUUUUUACCUCCACCUCAAACAAUUAAGUUUCUAUUUAUGGCAUAGAUAAGUAGCAGCGCUUGCGAUAUACUGAAUGUAACAUACAUCGAACGAUACAGUUGUUUGCUCACGGUCCACCAUUUUUAUAAUAAAAACAGGACACGUGUGCUCUCAAACUAUCUUCUCCUGAGUCAAUCAUUCUAUGUAAAUUAAGAGUUGAUUUGAUAAGAGCAAUGAUAGGCUAUCGCAAGAUAUAAGUAUUUGUAAUGAUUUAUCCAGUAUUCCAUAGUAAAAUGAUUAGUCGGAUGCACUAAAUUAUUUGUGAUACUUUAAUUGGUGUUGCAUUGCCAUGUAUAUUUAGAUCUCAAUAGUACACUAAGACUAGUAAAUAUUUGUAAAAGCUUUUUUUAUCGUACUGCGCAUUACUGAUAGGAUUUAAAAAUAUGUGAAAAUAUGUGAUAGCGAAUUUAUUAUAAUUACAAUGAUAGGAUCAGAAUUAAUAAUGACUAUAAAUCUAUCAAAAGUCGCAUAGUUGAACUUUGUACCAACUAACGGGCAGCUAAGGUUUAUUUCAAUAAUCUACCUCUGGUUGAAUAACUUGUAAUAUAUAUAGUUUAGUCUUCAACAUCAAAAAAAUCUACACCAGUGAAGAUAAUUUCUGUGAUAGUUGAGAGAUAUUUGUGUUAUUCAUACUUUCAACCAUUUCCAACACAUCACAAGUACUAUUAAAUCAGGCAAUGAUUUUUUUAAUUCUAAUUAUAUGAUUUAAAAAAAAAAAAUCAUCAAAAAAUAUUACACAAUCAGUACAAAAAUAAAUUCCUCAAAAACAUAUUAAUUGACUUUUCAAAUUCAAUUUUGUAUGAAUUAUAAACAUUUACUAGAAUAUUCUCUAUAUGUUGAUAAAUCAUUUUUCUAAUUUCAUCUUCGGUUAGGUUCACGUAUGGAUGAAAGGGGUUAGAUUCCUUUCAAGGUUUUGAAUUAUAAGAAUCGCUUUUCUCUGAAUAGAUACACGACUUUUAAUUGUACGAUUCGUUAAUACUCACUCAAUAUUUCGUGCAUUUAUCUUAUAAGUUAAUAUUUGACACAAAGUAAUUAUCAAUAGUACUAGGUUUAAUCUUAAUUUUAAGCCCCCCCACACACAUGAAAGAUCUCUUCAUUUUGACUGAUUUUUAUUGUAAGUUUUGAAUCUAAAGUCUGUCAAGAACGCGCAUUUAUUUGUAUCCUGUAUUUAUAGGGAUUUUUUUUGUAAUAAUUGACGUAAAUGAUUAUCCCUAUUCAGGGUGCAUAGGAAUUAUUGGAUGGAAGUUUGCUUAUAAAAAUAAUUUGUAUUGUAUAACAUGAUGAGAAUUUUUGUUUGUACUUAUUCUUUAUAAUUAAAUAGACAUCUCAAUCCUAUGCAAAAUGUGUGCAUUUAAUUGAUUUAAGGUUUAGGGUUAUCGUAACAUCGCAUAAUAUUUCCUUUUGGAUAUUGUAACUGCAAUCUUUUAGAUUAAGUGAUUAUUCUUUAUGCUAUACAACGCGUAAUAGAAUCGGAACUCUAUACCCGUUUUAAUGAUUGGUUACCAGAAUUCUCCUUUAAAAGUUUAAGUAGAAACAUCGAUGGACACUAUUAUUUUCAGUAUUAUAAAAGUUGUCAUAAUUUAGACUCAAACCAUUGUCUUUAUAAUAUAUAAUAAAAAGGGAUUUACCAUUAACAAUUGAAAUGUCGAUACGAAUAGUUGUCAUAAUAAUCUGUAAAUAUGUGCGUAGCACUACUUAAUACCAAAAUAGGCAAUAAAGCAUCUGAUUAUUUUGUAAAA